UCAACGUUUUGCUUUGAUAAGAACAUCGUUGUGGUUCCCAUGGGAACCGGAAGAUCUAGCUAGAAAAGGAGGAGGGAGGAGCAGCAGAGAACUUUCUCCGUAAUCUUCUGGAAAGUUCUUCGCGGAUGGCGAUCCUCUACGCUUUGGUGGCCAGAGGCACGGUGGUGCUGGCGGAGUUCAGCGCCGUCACCGGCAACACAGGCGCCGUGGCCCGCCGCAUACUCGAGAAGAUUCCGGCGGAGUCCGACUCCAGGCUUUGCUUCUCUCAGGAUCGCUAUAUCUUUCACAUACUCCGAUCCGAUGGCGUAACCUACCUCUGUAUGGCCAACGACGCCUUUGGAAGGAGAAUCCCUUUCUCGUACUUGGAAGAUAUCCAAAUGAGGUUCAUGAAGAACUACGGCAGAGUUGCCAAUUAUGCACCAGCUUAUGCAAUGAAUGAUGAGUUUUCAAGGGUUUUGCAUCAGCAAAUGGAAUUUUUUUCUAGUAAUCCUAAUGUCGAUACCCUCAGUCGUGUACGGGGUGAAGUUGGUGAGAUACGCACUAUCAUGGUGGACAACAUUGAGAAAAUAUUAGAGAGAGGUGACCGGAUUGAGCUUCUUGUUGAUAAGACAGCAACAAUGCAAGACAGUGCAUUUCACUUUAGGAAACAGUCAAAGGGCCUUCGAAGAGCUCUUUGGAUGAAAAAUUUUAAACUCCUGGCGCUAUUGACAUGUCUGAUUGUUGUCUUUCUUUACUUUAUAAUUGCUGUUUGUUGUGGAGGUGUCACUCUACCGUCCUGCAGAUCCUAAUUGUCACUGCUGCUUUAUAUUUUCUGAGCUCUGCAAUUAUCGAGAUAUUUUCUGUCAAUAUGUACAUUGGAGGGCACUUUGAUAUUCCAGAUAGCCGAGUGGGAAAAUUUGACAAAGGGUCCAGAAACAGUUUCAUAUAUUUUCUUGCUUAUGUCGUUCUUGGUUCUGUAUUAUAAAAGUAGUGCUGAAGCCUAACAGGGUACUAUUCUAUGAUUAUGGGGCAUCUUUCUGUAAAUGUAUAUUUUUACUAUCUUUUAUAUUCUAGCUUUAAAUUAUUAUUAUUUUUAAUUUAAUGCAAUUUAUUUGUAUACAUAAUGGCCUUUUUUAUGUGAUGGAACCAGAUUAUUGAAGGUCCAUCAUU